UUGAAAGUUGAAAUCAAAAUCUAUUGAAAAUGGGCUAAUGGCUGUGAAUUCAUUCUUUAAAAUCAUAUUACUUAUAAGGAUAAAGUUUAUUGAUCAUUGAUCCAUAUAAAAUGAAUGACGAUAAAUACGCUUUAGUUGAAAAAAUCGUGAAAGACAUACACAAUGUACUUUCUAAAACAGCUGAGUUGUAUGCUUUCGAUAUAGUCCCUGUUGACUCAAAUUUCAGAAAUAAGUCACCUGUAUUAUGUGUAGAGAAUUGUCUGGGACUGGAGUCAUGGUGUGUAAAACACGUAUACAUGUAUUGCUUUUCUGAAAUAAAGGAUAAAUAUGGUAUGAAUUCUCAGCGAAAACAAAAGAAAAUUACCACACUGGAUUCUGAACGCCUAGUAAAAUUAUUAAAUGUUACGUUACUUAUCAAUCCUGAUGUAACAACUCUCUGGAAUAAGAGAAGGGAGAUUGUACAAAUGCUUUUACUAGAUAAAGUGUCGGAAUUGCAAUUUUCCCAAUUAGUAUUAUCAAGAAAACCUAAAUGUAAUGAUGCCUUUGCAUAUAGAAGAUGGCUUUUGGGUGCAUUGUUACUGAGUGAUAAUGUACAGGCAAAUUUAUUAGAGAAUUUAAUAAAUUCAGAGCUGAGAAUAUGUGACGAAACUUCAGACAAGAGCCCCAAUAAUUAUCACAGUUGGAGUCAUAGACUUUGGGUUGUCAACAACAUGAAGGAUGUUCUAAAACAAUUUGAUAUGAACUCAUUGUAUAUUAAAGAGUAUAUAUUUUCUGAGAAAUGUAUUUCCAGCCAUGUAUCAGAUUAUAGCUGUUUCCAUUACCGUCAAUUUUGUAUUAAAAAUAUUUGUAGUUUGGUCAACUCAUCAUGGAAAUCAUUUGAAAAUUCAAUAGAUAUAAAUCUUAGAAAAGUUCUUGUAACAUUAAUAGCUAGUAAUUUACCUAAAGAUGGAACAAUUCAAGCGUCAGAAGAUGAUCUAGUUUCAUAUUCAGAAGAAAACUUAGUAAAUUUGCUUCUCUCUUGUAAUGUAAAGAAUUGUAAUUGCACUGUAAAUAAUGUAGCGUUAUGUAGAAAGUUAGAGGUAAUAUGUCAUGAAUUGGUUCUUAAUAAUGAGCUUAUAAGAUUUUAUCAAAGUCAUGAAACAUUAUGGUAUCAUAGACGAUUUAUACUGCAUGAGUUAAUUGCAAUGAUGUAUGAUCACUUCAAUUUAUUUCGAAAUAAUGGCAUUCUUGUGAAGAAAAAUUGUAAGCAUUGCAGUUUAAAUGAUAUGAGGCAAAAACAGGCAAAGAUCUCUCGAUAUGAUAGUAAUUGUAUAUACAAUAGUGUACUGUUUCAAGUUAUUUUAACUCAUGAAAAUAAAUUCAUUGAAGAAAGACAGACUGAUGGAGAUAAUUAUGCAGGAAGACAUGAAAAAUAUUUAAAAUUUGUUGAAGGUCUCAAUAAUGUUAUGUAAAUUUGAAAUUUUAAUAACAUAUUAUGUAUUCAUUUUACUUAUAUGAAAUUAAGAUGUUGAAGAUUUGCGUUACAUUUUAUUAUAAACAUCAUAGGUAGUAUGUACAUCUGUGUUUAAAUGCUAUGUUAUUUUCAAAUUCAUGUUAGAAGAUCUCUAAAAAGAACAAUUGAGGCUAUUUAAAAUAAAUUAAUGGAAUAAUUAUUUUACAUCAUUUAUUUUGUUCAGUAAAUAUAAUCGUUUUAGAAUGUAAAUUAUUCACUAUAACAAAUAAUUUGGAAGCUGCAUGAAGCCAUCAAGUGGUAUAUUCAAUUUUCCACUCUUAUAUUUAGGCAAUGCUAGAGACAUCUAGUUUAAGAGAAAGUAGUGUUUAUACUAAAAUAUAUAUUGUUUUGUAUUUAGUGAGUAUAUUGCUCAUAAAUAAACGUGGUCUCCUAGUUAUAAUGUAUAUUGCAAGUUUUUUAGAUUUUUAAUAAAUCUGAUACUUAUUAA